UUUGCCAUUAAAAUCUCUUUUUUCUUUUUCUAUCUUUCUUUCUUCCUCAAAAGUGCCAAAAUUCCAUACAAAAAAAAAAAAAAAAAAACUAUAAGAGCACAUCACCUAGUAAUGAUAUAUGGUACUAUCCUCACAAUGAACUCGUGUUAGGCAUGAACUCAUAUAGCAAACCUGCCUGAUCUUCUUCCUCCCCAACACUUUUGUUUCCCUAUUGGCUAUUGUCCUUCCUGUUACAACCAGCCUUUUUCUUACUUACUAUUUCCUACUUAGUGUGUUUUGGUUUUGGGAUUUUUUUUUUGCUCUUUUAAUUUUGAGGGUUAACAUGAAUAGAGCAUUGCCAGAGAUGUUACAAUGUUCGGACAUGACAGCGCUCGAGAGACAAAGGGCUCGCUUGAAAUGGCAACAGGAACAGCUUCAGCAACAACAACUACAACAACAAGAACAACAGCAAAGUUAUUUCAGUGAGUUAAGUGGGGUGUUUUCGAGCCAAGCCAGCCAUGUAGAAGGCUUUCAGAGUGGUUUGAUGAGCGGUGAUUCGGUGCUAGGUGACAUGGUGAUGACUCGGCAACUGAAGCCUGACCCUGGUUUGGAGACUGCCUGGCCUGAGUUGGUGAAGGUUGACAUACCUGGCAUGGGGUUUGGGCCAUGUGGGUACGGUAAUGGGCCGAGUUUUGAUAUGAAUUACGCCAUUUCAAGGACUUCUAGCUGCUCGCCAGCUGUGGCGGCGGCUGUAGCAGGGGAGGUGGUGGAGGUCAAGGGUAAGGAGUUAGUUGUCUCUGAGAAGAUGGGUUCAGCCGUCGGAAGAGAAAGCUUCAAGAAGAGGAAAGUUGAUAAGUUGCAAAACGUAAAGGUUGUUGCGGAAGAUGGCUCCAAGAGGAUAAAGGCGUGUGCAGAAGAGGAAGAGUCAAAAAUUACAGGGCCAAAUACCAACAAAAGCAGCAGCAACAACAAUAACAAUAAGAAGGAAUCAUCGACUGAUACUUCCAAGGAGAAUUCGAAGGUUUCUGAGGUUCAAAAGCCUGAUUAUAUCCACGUCCGGGCACGUCGUGGCCAAGCCACUGAUAGCCACAGCUUAGCUGAGAGAGUGAGAAGGGAAAAAAUCAGUGAAAGAAUGAAGUAUCUGCAAGAUUUAGUUCCGGGGUGCAACAAAAUCACAGGAAAAGCAGGAAUGCUUGAUGAAAUAAUCAAUUAUGUCCAAUCUCUUCAACGGCAAGUAGAGUUCCUUUCUAUGAAACUAGCUGCUGUAUAUCCAAGGCUUGACUUCAACAUUGAAAAUCUUUUUGCCAAAGAGGUGUUUCCCUCUUGUACGACUAAUUUUCCAACGGUUGGGAUGUCAUCAGAAAUGGCUAACCCUCCUCAUCUUCAGUUCAAUCCGGUACAACAUGUAGUUUCUUGUUGCGGGUUGGAAAUGGGAAUGAACACUCCUGAUAUGGCACUUCGAAGAACCAUCAGUGCCCCUGUAUCAAUCCCUGAUGCAUCAUUUCUCGACUCAUCCUGUUUCCCCCAAAUUCAACCCUCUGCAACAUGGGAUGUUGAAUUGCAAAAUCUUUACAAUGUGGCAUUUGACCAAGGACGAUCAACAUCAUUUCCGUCUCAGCCAUUCACAGGUUCCAUUGAAGCUAGCAAUCUAAAGAUGGAGAUGUGAAUCAGAAUGUCAGUCCUGAUUUAUUGACGAUUGAGUUAAUUCCAGAUGUCUUUGAUCCUGAUUCUUUUUUCCUUCUUUAACUACAUUUGGUAUAUAUAUAUAUUUGUAUGUACACUGGAAAAUAGUAUGAAUAAAAGCAAUACUAAUUAACUUCAAA